AUGGGUGUAGUCCCCAAAGACACACCAUUCCUGUCUAAUCAGAGCUGCAAAUCACAGUGCCCUUUAACUAUUGCUAAUUGUAAGGAAGACAGGUAUGUUGUAUUUAAAUUUGAUUCAUUAGUCAAAUAGUUAUUUGUUUCCAAAAUAACUAGUUUCGUUAGUGAAAAUUUUUAUUGUACCUUUUUGACUGUGUAAUUUUUGGUUGUUGACCAGUUAUACAUUGCAAGCUGAAAUAAUUUGCGGAUUUACAACAAAUUUAUUGUAUGAGGCCUAAAGGCCCCGCAGUUAAAACAAUAAUUUUUGAAAAUUUUACCACAAAGGUCUUAAUUUGAUUAGUGGUCCACUCAAACCCGACCUUAUGUUUUCAAGUCUUAAGAACUAUCUGCCGCAGACUAGACUAGCAGUAUGGUUUCUCUUUUUCCUUUUUUUUUUCAUUUUAGUAAUAACUUAGUUUCCCUGUAACUUUACUUUUUAUUAUUAUUAGGGAAAAACUAAAAAAGCUGUUUGUUAAUGUCAACAAACAAAUGGAUGCACUAAAGAAGAAUGGAAUCACAGUGGAUGGAGUGCAUUUAUAUGCUGUGAGAUUUAAAGGUAAGUUUCACAUAAUAAAUAAUAAGGUACUUUUUAGAACCAUAAAUUUUUCAAUCCAUUAAUGCCUGCAUGUACAUUGACCUCUUUUUAAAGAUAUAUAUCUACAGUUAUACUUGACCUGAAGGCCCUCUAUCUUUUGCUGGAACAAAUAGGGAAAGCAAACUUUCAGCUUGGGAAACGAGGAACUGAAGUAGAGUGUUGCUUUAUCUGCAAAGCAUUGAGGGUAUGUGGAUAUAUUCAAAAUCUCUUAGUCAACAAAUUUUUACCUUACCAAUGACCAACUUACCUAUAUAGUACUAUUAGAUUUUCAGUUUUGCUGGGUAAAAUUUCUUAGUAAAAACUAGCUAUGAAUAAUUGCUAUUUUUAUCUUGGUCCCCAUACAGUUUGUUUGGAACACUUUAGCAUGUCCAAGGCCAAUAUUGGAGGGUAAUUUAGUUAUUGUUUUGGUUUACUAAGAAUUCUCCGAUGAUACUUGUUGAGGCAUGCGCGCAGCCCUUGAUUAUUCAUGAAUUUCAGCAUUUGUACUGUAGUUGUCAUUUUGAAUUCACAGUAACUUAAUUAUAAAAGGCAUUCAAAACAAGGUUAUCUCAAUACAGUUAACCUCUAUUCAAAAAAAUAAAUUCCCUGGUAUAGUGAGUGAAUCUCGUCAUCCCAGCAUUUAUAGCUUAAUAAGUAUGUUUUCUAUAAAAGACUAACUUUUUAUAUAGACCUCAUUUUAGCAAUAAUAUUUUGUAAAUUAAGCCUUGCCUUUUGUAAAAAGGGAAGUUCCACUGCAUGGAAAAGCAACCUGCAAAUAGCUUUUUUUGGACAAACAUGGUGUUUAUAUGCCCCUGUCUGUAAAAUGUUGGCAAUUAUCCUUGCCUUGUUUUCCUAGAGAGCACAUAUUAUUUUCCCAUUAUAAUAUAUCAUAGUCUUCCUUUACUGUAGGUGUGUCAAUGUUGUAGGGGCACUGUCAUAAAAGACUGAAAACCUGUUGAGUAAAAUACUUGAGUUUGAAAUCUAUAAAACUGUAAAGUACCACUUUAGGGGAGAUAUCCCCCACAACUAACAAAAUAAUAAAUCUUCUUUUUUAUGGUUUCAAAGGCAUCCGUGAUGACUUAGAGUUCCUUCUUGAUAAAUCUCUGCGCCCUUCACUGCGAACUUAGAAAUACUGAACAGCUGUUGUCAUCAUUGGGUUUGUUUUCUUACAAAGUGGGUUCUCUUGAUGAAUGUAACGACGAAUUGGUAAAUUAUGGCCCUGAGAAUUUUAGCAGCAGAAUAACGGUGAAGUUGAAAGGGGGCCAAGAAACUGCUGUUGAAAAGCACAACAUCCAGGUGUCUUCAUUUUCAGGUACUUUCUAUCUUGUUUCAUCUUUGUCAUGAUUGCUUUCAUUCGCUUUAUCCACUUCAGGGCUUUUACUUCUGUGCUGUAGCAGCUGCGCGAGUUUCAUUUGUACAAUACCUUGAUCCUUGAUAUGAAAACUGUAACACUGGUUUGUAAAUGUAGAUGUCAUGUAAGCAUUAAGUUCUGAAUUAAAAUCCUGUUUGUUUCUUUCUACAUACUAUUUUUCCUGAAGGUUCUACUGAACGUGAGUUCCUCACAAACAUUGAAACGAUUGUCCGGCCUGGUCCUUGCCUCAUGACAAAUUGAAGUCAUAUUUUGCUGAUCCAGAAAGUGCUAAAGAGGCGCUCCUGAAUAAAGUCACAUUUUGUAAUGAUAGAAUCAAGGUAUGGCUCAGGAUAUUACAACUGAUUUGAAUGUUUCACUUAAACCAGUGCAACACACAAUAAUAUUUUUUUGUGUAGUAUGUAGAAACAUACAUGUGUAGUAUGUAGAAACAUAUACACUGAAAAAAAUGGUUUCUGUUUAUUAAAAUUCAAUGAAAUUUUAGUAAUUUGUUCUAGUACUAUCAGGACAUGGCUAUUUCAGACACAUUCACCAGAGACUUUGGUUUAAAGCAGGAGACUAUUACCCUCACAGGUUCAGGUACAUGUUACAGUCAUUAUACUGUCAUGUACAACCUUUCCUUCCGUUUGACAGUGAUAAACCAGGCAGUUUGAAUUAAUGACUGCAUUUACAUCCAUCUACACUGGAAGUUGUGAUAGGCUUAGCUAGCACUGUUAGUAUUAAUACAACCCCAUGACGUGACCAUUGUGUAUCAAGGGUACAUCAUUAUUGCAUCAGAUUACUGCAUCCCAACUGAGUGAAUGUUCCUUAGCAUGUAUUGCGUUCUUGCAUAAUAGUCUUCCCUUACAAAGAAUACGACCCCUUACACUUCGUGAUGUGACUACCUAACCUGUUUUCCUUAGAAACUGGAAAAGAAGUUCAAAGAAGACUGGAAUUCUGGCAGGGCAGGCUACGUGAAAUCGAAAGAUAUGUGGAGCUGUCAGAGAAGUGUGUUGGUGGGUCGGUUGCUAAAGGGAAACGAGGAAAGAAAAGGCAGAAGGUGGACAAUGCUGAUCUUUCUCAGCUAUCUGAUUAUGCAGCAGAAGUGUUUUACCAAUUUUUUUUUUAA